AGUGAUUAAUUAAAGUUGAUAUAAUCAAAAGAUUUCAUUUAACGUUCGAGUUUCGGUAAACAGUGCAUAUAUAACAUAAUUUCACUGCACAAAGCGAUACAAAUAGUCAUUAAUCAAGAUAUCUGCAAGCAGAUAUUGAUCGACAAAUCUGGUGCAACGUUUCAUUUUUCGGUUGAAAGUACAAAACAUGUUUAUGUAUAACACAACUGCAGUGAAAUUAAUGAUAUAUUAACAAUUGACCGACAAAUCUAGAUCAUAAUAUCGGCGAAAAUGAUGAAUAACACGGCUUACAUACCUACUGCAUCGAGUGAUGAAAUAAUGAUUAAUUAACGGACCUACAAAUAAGACCUACAGAUCUUGAUACGGAUAAAGAUAAUGUGGCCAAUAGUUUACCACAUGCCGCCAAGGUUGAUGUCUUAUAUUUGUACAUGCGGUGGUGUUAAUUAGAAACAGACAGGCGGGGAAAGACUAUGGAACUCUGAGGAAUUCUUGCAGGUAGUAUAAUAGAAUAUAAUUGUGUUGCUCGCUGGCUCUGUACAAACAUUCGUGAGUCUUGAAGCCAAAUCAUGUUUCUGACGAAAAUCUCGUGUACUGUUACCGGUAAUUCCUCAUAAGUUAUAUUCUAAAUCACUACCAGACUAUCAUUAGACUACCGUUAUCAGUAGUAUGUGUUUGUGGUAAGAAGUUAACACUCCAUAGGGGGUCAGGUUUAUUUGUGCCUGCUAUUUAUUCUUUUCUCUGUGACAUUUUCAUUAGGAGAAUAGAGCAUUAAGAGAGCUGUGUUCUUUUAUGACUUUCCUUGAAAAAGAAACUAGGCAAAAUCGAUGGCUUAAGUGUUCGACUUUCACUAGCACAAGUCGAACUCAAUGCAGAGACGUAAGAUCCUGUAUUUCAAUAUGAAAAGGUGCUAAGGAAAAAUAAGUUCAAUAGGUGUAAUUGUAUAGAAAACUUUUGAGGCGAGUUGAGUAGAAUCGGUAAAUCUGCUGGCGCUGCUGGAUUAGAAUACAACUGACACACUUGUAGGAUAUUGUAGUGUAGAAGUCGAAACUUUCAAAGGAUUAUUUGACAGGAGAUUACACAAUUACUUGGGAUAUUACAGAACUUCUAAGACUUGAAAGAGGUGGUUUAAUAUCAUAUUAAUCCACCACUAGUGCUUGGGACAUAGGCAGAUAUAAGUAAUUUCUUAGAACCUGACAAUAUUUGACAGCGGAUUAAUCAGCCAAUAUGAGUGAGACGGAGAAAAUGGCACCGACCGCUUCUAUGGAAACUGUGAUGAUCAUCCGACCAUUUAAGGUUGGUGCUGCAAUUAUAGGGUUCGUCUCUAUGUUGGUGAGCGGACUGUUUAUCGGGGCCUCAGACUGGAUUGAACAAGACGGCUGGCGACAGGGCCUCUGGGAAGAAUGCAUUGAAACAUCCCCCGGCAGAGUGAACUGUACAAAGUUCAACCCGCCUGUAUACGUGUUCGCAUGUCGAGGACUUGUCAUCCUGGGCCUCAUCAUGACGUUUAUAGCAAGUGUGACCGUCUGUCGGGGCCUCAAUAAUGAGAAAAUGAGCACGCGGUACCGGUGCUACUUUAUCGCCAUGCUAGUUUACUUUCUAGGAGUUAUGUUUGACAUCACUGCGCUUAUAAUCUUCCCUGUAAAGUACUCGGAAUCGAUGGGCGAGCGGGCGGGCGAGGUGUGGUCAGUCGGCUGGACAUAUUGGAUCGGCUGGCUAGUUGCUGGACUCAUGCUGACCAGUGCCCUACUUUUGUGCCUGGACAAAGACGCCGACGAAAUCACGUAUCGCGAGAAGGUCGAAUAUGAGAACGGAAUCGAAGAUGAUGAUGAGAAACUGACUGAGAGUGAUUCUGCCAGAUCCGAGACUGAAUCCGACAUUGCUUAUGCGGACGAGUGUUUCAAAUGAAGCACCAACAUGUGAACACCGACAAGGAUUUUAUAAACAACGAGGCCCGGUCAAGGGUAGAGCUUCCUUCUCCUAAGUUAUUUUUGAGGCACCAACAUGUGUACAUCGACAAGGAUUUUAUAAACAUCGAGGCCCGGUCAUGGGUAGACCUUCCUUCUCUUAAAUUAUUUUUGAAGCACCAACAUGUGUACAUCGACAAGGAUUUUAUAAACAUCGAGGCCCGGUCAUGGGUAGACCUUCCUUCUCUUAACAUGUGUAUAUCGACAAGGAUUUUAUUUUAAUAACGAGGCCCAGUCAAGGGUAGACCUUUCAUUUCCUAAAUUAUUUUUUAAAACACCACCAUGUGUACAUCGACGAGGAUUUUAUAAACAACGAGGCCCGGUCAAGGGUAGACCUUCCAUCUCCUAAAUUAUUUUUGAGGCACCAACAUGUGUACAGCGACAAGGAUUUUAUAAACAACGAGGCCCGGUCAAGGGUAGACCUUCCUUCUCUUAAGUUAUUUUUGAAGCACCAACAUGUGUACAUCGACAAGGAUUUUAUAAACAACGAGGCCCGGUCAAGGGUAGACCUUCCUUCUUUUAAGUUAUUUUUGAGGCACCAACAUGUGUACAUCGACAAGGCCCGGUCAAGUUAUUUUUGAAACACCUGAAAACACAGGAAUGUUGGACAAUGAUUGUGACGUCAUGAAAAGAAAAUGAUUAAAAAUAUGUAACCAUAUUGGAAUAUAUCGUUGACAGAAUGGGAAUGAAUCGUUGACCACCAUUCGUUAAACAUGUUUAUUUAUAUUUUUAUAUUAAAGGAAACACAGAAAUGCCAAUGAAUAAUGUCACUGGCCGUUAUUAUAAACAGUUCUGGUGGACUCGAUAUAUGAACGUUUUGAAGUGUUAUGUAAAUAGUGUUAUUAAAGGGUCAUCCCUUAAAGCUGCACUCUCACAGAUUGAAUGUUUUGACUUUUAUUUUUUUGUCCUGGAACGAGCCAAUUCAUGUGAAAAUGCAUGUAAACCAGUGGCAUGAGACUGCUGACAAAAAUGGAUCGCCAAUUUUUAUAUUUCAGUUGAAAAAAAUGCUGUUUUAUGCAUUUUCUUAAACCGUUAGUAAUGCUUUUAAUAAAAAACCCAUUAACUUUCAAACGGAAAUAUGACAAUCUGUGAUCUGACUGUUGACCAACAGUCUUUUAUCACUGGUUUGCAGAUAUAUACACUCAUUCCAAGACAAAAAUAAAGAAAAGUUGUAAAAACGGGAAAUCUGCGAGAGUGGAGCUUUAAAACUCUCCUGACAAUUUAUGUAUAUAUAUAUAUAAACAAAGUAAAUAUUUAAGUUGCAUUGCUAAACAUGAACAAUAUGUACGCUAGUACAUUAUUAUGUAACGCUAACAGUUUCUUGGAUUUUAUAUCAUAGUUUAUAUCGACAUUUAUUGAUUGUGUGAUGAGCGAGAUUUGGAAAUAUUUAAAAAAGUAUUUUUGACAUUUUCAUGAAAUAUAAAUAUAAGACCAUUGCAUUCAUCCCGAUGAAAGAGUUGUUUUCAACAGAAAACAACAUGAAAGCGAUCUGUUUCAUUUCAUGUCCAUUGUUGCCUUCAUUUGCUAAACAAAAUAAACUGGAUAGCUAUUAAACAA